CGGCUGUUCAAUUGCUACUUAAACUCGUUAACUAUUUGGCCAACCAUAUAAAGUUGUAGUUGUGGAUAUGAGAUAAUGUGGAUUUUAAGUUGCAGCCGAGUAUGUGUGUCCUUAUCAAUUCUAAUAUUUUUUUAUCCGACACCGAAAACCGUUUUGGGACAUAAAAUCGAGCUACGGCUCUAGGGGCUAUUGUUGCGAUAACCACACUUUUUUCAAAAUACAUAUAUAAGCAUAAUCAGUUCCUUUCAUUACCAUCAGAUUUAAAUUAUUCAUUUAACCUUUUAUUAACUGAUAUUCGAUCAAUUGACUUUCACUAUGAACGAAAAGGAAGGUUAUAUUCCAAUUGAGACUGCAAGAGUCAAAGCAAAAUGCCAAUAUCGUAAAUUGGGCUACUUGCUUGCUUCCGUUAUCUCAUGUUAUUUUAUUUUCACCAAUUAUCUUAGUAAUUCAAGAUUUACCACUCAGGCAGAAGGCAAAUCAAUUAUCUUGGAUACUCUUAAGCUUAAUUUAGCUGGAGAAUGGUCUAAGAAGUAUACUGCCGAACCUCAUUUAGCUGGUACUAAUUAUGGUCUUGUUGAAUGGACUAAAGAGAAGUUUGAAGAAUAUGGUUUCGAAGCCACAAUUGAUGCCUAUGAAAUCUUUGUCAGUUAUCCAAAUGAUCAUGAUUUAAACUUGCUUAAGGCUUCAACCGAAGAAAUCAUCUAUAAGGCUCCAUUAAAGGAAGAUGAACUUGAAGAAGAUGAAACUUCUAAAGGUGACGAUCGUAUUCCAACUUUCUUAGCUUAUGCUGCAAAUGGUAAUGUUACUGCUCAUUACGUUUAUGCAAACUAUGGUAGGAAGGAAGAUUUUGAAAAAUUAGCUGCUUUAGGUGUUGAUGUUAAAGGUAAGAUUGCCAUUGUUAGAUACGGUGGUAUUUUCAGAGGUUUAAAAGUUAAAUUUGCUCAAGAUAAUGGUGCCGUUGGUAUUUUGAUCUAUUCAGAUCCAGGUGAUGAUCAUGGUAUCACUGUUGCUAAUGGUUUCAAACAAUAUCCUCAUGGUCCAGCUAGACAAGAAAGUGCUGUUCAAAGAGGUAGUGUUCAAUUCCUUGGUGGUAUCGGUAGUGCACCAGGUGAUCCAACCACUCCAGGUUAUGCAUCUAAACCAGGUGUUGAAAGACAAGAUCCAUAUGUUAGUAUUGGUCGUAUUCCAGCCUUACCAAUUUCAUACCGUGAAGUUUUGCCAAUCUUAGAAAAAUUGAACGGUCAAGGUAUUAAAUUAGAAGAUAAGAGUUGGAAAGGUGAAUUAGAAGGUUUCGAUUAUUCUACUGGUCCAAGUGAAGAAUACACUUUGAACUUGUACAAUGAUCAAAUCUUCAAUAUUUCCACUUUAUGGAAUGUCUAUGGUGAAAUUGAAGGUGAAAAGAAGGAUGAAAUCAUUAUUAUUGGUAACCACAGAGAUGCUUGGAUUAAAGGUGGUGCUGGUGAUCCAAACUCUGGUAGUGCCACUCUUUUAGAAAUCGCCAGAGCUCUUGGUGCUUUAAAAGCUUCUGGUUAUAAGUUCAAGAGAACCAUUGUUCUUCAAAGUUAUGAUGGUGAAGAAUAUGGUCUUCUUGGUUCUACUGAACAAGGUGAAUACUUUGCUGAUAAAUACAAGCGUAAGGUCGUUGCCUACUUGAACUUGGAUUCUUCUACCACUGGUAAAUACUUAGGUUUAAGUGCUUCCCCAGUCUUAAACCAUGUUUUAAGAGAAUCUGCUAAAGAAUUAGAAUACCCAGAAGAAGGUGUUGGUAGUUUAUAUGAUCAUUUUGUUAAGGAGAAGGGUGAUAAGAUUAGAAACCUUGGUUCAGGAUCUGAUUACACUGUUUUCUUAGAACAUUUAGGUAUCCCAUCUGCUGAUUUAGGGUUUGGUCAAGGUAAGGGAGAUCCAAUUUAUCAUUACCAUUCCAAUUAUGAUUCUUUCUACUGGAUGUCUGAAUUCGCCGAUAAAGGAUUUGUUUACCAUAAUUUAGCUGCUAAGUACUUAUCAUUAAUUAUUUUCAACUUGAGUGAAAAGGAAGUCAUUAACUUUAAAUUACAAGAUUAUUCUAAAGAUUUAAUUACUUAUUAUAAUCAAACCAUUGCCACUGUUCCAAAGAGUUGGUUUAAAGGAAAGGAAAUCAAAGACGAAAUAAUGCAACAAUACUUGAAUUAUGAUUUGGAAGAAGAACAAUACAUUAUUGAUGCUACUGAUGGUUAUUAUAGUCCUGUUGCAUAUUACCCAUUCCCAGAAUUAUUAACUCAAAGACAAUGUAAACAUAACAAGGUUAUUACCAUGAUGGAUACUCAUCAUCAUAAAAACUUCACCUUAGGUCGUCUUAUUCAUAAGACAUAUAAAGAUCUUUUGAAAUUAGACAAUAUCACCAGUAAUUUUGAUGUUGAAUCAUUUAUCCUUCAAACUAAAUUUGAUAACAAAGAUGGCUUAUCAUUCUGGCAAAAGAUCAAGUUACAUUUCCAAAUCAAACACCACAACAAGUUGAUUCAAUACUUCGAAAGAAACUUUUUAUACCACAAGGGAUUAUAUGAAAGACCAUGGUUUAAACAUAUUAUCUAUGCUAGUGGUAGAUUUACUGGUUAUGAAGGUCAAACCUUCCCUGGAUUAAAGGAAGCUAUUGAAGAUGGCGAUUUCGAAAGAUUUGUUGAAUGGUUAGGUAUAGUUUCCAAGACUAUUAAAAGACUUUCUGUUAAGUUAUCCAUUUAGAUAAUAUUCUCCUUACGAAGAAAAUAUAAUAUAUUUAUGUUGUCUAAUUUCUUUUUAAAUUUGUAGCCCAUCAAAAAGAUCUCAGGCAACUCACCCCCCUAAGUAGGUUAUUUUUCAGGUUUUAUUUCUUUUUUUUUCUUUUUUAUUUCAUUUCAUUUUUGGUUCUUGCAUAGAAAGCGCAAAAAACGACAAUCUCCUCGUAAAAGAAUAAAUAGAUUUUGUUUAUGACAAGAAUUGUACUCUUAAAAAAUAAUUUUAAUUUAGUUCCAGAAGGCUAAAAAAUAUUGAUUACAAAAUAUUUAGGACAUUUCUUCGGGGGGCCACAUCGUUUCUACGAUCGAUAAUCGUC